AUGGAACAAAUUAAACGUCAACGAAGUAAUAGUGUGAAUAAUUGUGAUAAUAAUAAAAAACAAAAGAUAGAAGUUGAGACGAAUUGUUUAUUAAAAGAAUUUGUCACAUGUUUUGAAGAUCUGUCUAAUGAAUUAAUCUAUGAAAUAUUUGAAUUAUUAGAUUUUCAUCAUGUUUAUAAAGCUUUUUAUUCACUUAAUACACGAUUUUAUAAUCUUAUAGUUAAUUCAACUGUUCCAAUUGACAUUAAUCUUUCCUCUAUAUCAAAAUCGACAUUUGAACGAUACAAUAAAGAUAUUAUUCUUCAGAAUAAACAUCGAAUUCAUUCAUUACAUUUAUCAAAUCCGUGUUUAUAUGAUGAUAUUUCUUCACCAAUUCAUAUUCUAUCCCAGUUUCUUCGUCUUGAAACACUUAGUCUUAAUAAUAUAGAAUCAAUACAUCUUGAGUAUCUCCUUCCUACAUUAGUUUCUUUAUCAUGCCUCUCUUCAUUGUCUAUCACAUCUAACGACAUUAUUCGAAAUAAGACUUCUAUCUAUUCUCAGAUAGUUCGUCUGCCUGCAUUAAAAUAUUGCAGCUUAUCGUUGAAAAGAUCAAAUUGUGGUGAAUCAUCAUUGUCGACAGUCAAUGAAUACAGUCCCAUCGAACACUUGAUCAUCAAACAUGAUAUAACCACCAAUGAACUUUACAGCUUAUUAUCGCAUGUUCCUCAACUUCGUCGUUUAUAUGUUUCUGAUAUAUGCAAUUCGUGGUGGAAAGAUAUAAAAACAUCUGUAUUUGUAUUACCUUAUUUGACGCAUAUUUCACUUAAUCUAAGCUCAAUAUACUUCAAUGCACUUGAAGAAAUGAUGAUAGAUAUUUUUAAUCAAGUACAAGUUUUACAUAUUUCUAUACGUUAUAUUUACAAUGAAAUGUAUGGCAAUGCUGAUAAAUGGGAACAGUUGAUAUUAUCUCACAUGCCAAAUUUACGUAUAUUCGACAUUCAAUAUGACAGUUUGUCAUACAAUAUUACUACUGACAAUCAUAAUGGUAAUCAAGUGAUAUCGAAUACUACGUCUGAUAAUUUUACAUCUUCAUUUUGGAUCAAACGGCAAUCGUUUUUUACACAACAAUAUUUUCAAGAACAAAAUAAAAAUCGUACAAUCUUCUAUUCAACAGAUCCAUAUAGAAGAAAACAUUAUACAUUGUAUAACAACAUUUAUCAAUCAACCUGUUUAAAUUCGAAGGAAACGCACCUAAAAUCUGUUCAAAAUCUUAAAAUUCAAAAUGAUAAAGAAACAAUCAAUUGUAAAUAUUAUUUCCCAAAUGCUACCACGCUUACUCUUCAAAAUAAAUUGUCACGUACUUAUAAUUUAAUUUCAGUUAAUCUUAGCCGUGUUAUUCCUUUAAAGCAACUUACCAAAUUAGUUAUUGAAUCUAAUCCUAUUUCUUUGACAAAAUUAAUUGAAUUAUUACGUUGUACACCUCAUAUUCAUACAUUAGUACUUAAAUCUAUGUCACUUUAUGGAAUUAAUUAUAACUCUAUCCAACAAAAUCAAUCUUUUCAAUUGGUAUCCAAUACAAAUACUAUUACAAACGUGACUUUUAAUAGAGAAGGUACAUUAGAGAAACUUCAAAUACUUGUUGCAUUAUUCCCUCGAAUCCAACAUCUUACAAUAAAGCCCCAUACGAAGAACUUAGAAUCAUGUAUACGAUUUCUAGUAGAGAAAACAAAUCGAAAUACUAAUCAUCUAUGCUCAUUAUGUCUUUUAACGACAGCUAAAAAUUGGCUUACAAGAUUAAACACGUUAAUUGCAUCUGAGACUUUACUUGAUGAUUAUAUGUUAAAAAUGAUCGACUGGAAUCUUUAUUUAUGGUGGUAA